UGAUCCCGUCUGUAAGACAGCUGCUGCUAUUAAAGCUCCGAGGACCAAGGAGCGCAGGUCACAGAUAUCUCUCAAGAUCAGCUACUGGAGGAAAGAAAAAGAAAAAAAACUACUUUGAAUUAUUAAACGCUGAGCCCUACUUAUCACAAUGCAUUGCCUGAAAAGUCUGAGGACAGCUAACCCGGGAAUCCUGCAGCUAUUUAAAAAUGCAGGGAUCUCUGCUAGAGUUGGAGCUGACAGCAUGGUUUUGUCCAGGACUCAGCAACCUGUUCUUCUCCCCUGCUGGGCAGCAGCAUCACCCCACACCCACAGAGCCUAUUAUCACCAGCAGGGCCCUGAUGUGGACCAAGGACACACCAAAAGCAGGUUGAUGUCCAGCAUGGAGGACCUGCUUUUCUACACCAUCACUGAUGGCAAAGAGAUGAUCCCUCUCUCCCAGUUCAUCUCUGCUUUAAGAAAAACAGGCUUGUUAACAUCUGACCCUCGGCUACGCGAUUGUGUCCAUCAGAUGCGACAAUCCACCCGUGACUCCAUUGGGAUAGUCAUGAUGGAUAAGAAACUUUUCAGAAGAUGUGUGGGCAACAACAUCAUGCUGCUGACUAAGGCUUUCAGAAAAAAAUUUAUCAUCCCAGACUUUGAAAAGUUUGUCCACCAAAUUGAUACAAUGUACGACAGUGCGCAUCAGCAGGAGGGGGGACAGGUGGCUGACUACAUUCCACAGUUGGCUAAGUUCAGCCCUGACCUGUGGGGUGUAUCUCUGUGCACAAUCGACGGACAGAGACACUCUGUGGGUGACACCAAGGUUCCCUUCUGUCUGCAGUCAUGUGUGAAGCCUCUGGAGUACGCCAUCGCUGUGCACGAGUUUGGCAGUGAGCACGUUCACCAGUUUGUGGGCAAAGAGCCAAGUGGUCUCAAGUUCAACAAACUGUCACUAAAUGAGGAAGAUAAACCACACAACCCCAUGGUGAAUGCUGGAGCUAUUGUCAUCAGUUCUUUAAUUAAGCCUCAUUCAAAUAAGGCUGAGAGGUUUGACUAUGUGAUGGAGUUCUUGAAAAGCAUGGCUGGUACAGAGUAUGUGGGCUUCAGCAAUGCAACUUUCCAGUCAGAGAGGGAGACUGGUGACAGGAAUUUUGCCAUUGGGUAUUACCUCAAAGAGAAAAAGUGCUUUCCUGAAAAUGCAGAUAUGAUUGCAGCUCUUGACUUUUACUUUCAGCUGUGCUCCAUAGAGGUAACCUGCGAGUCAGGAAGCGUCAUGGCUGCCACGCUGGCAAAUGGGGGUAUUUGUCCAAUCACAGGCGACCGCGUGCUGAGUGCCGAGGCAGUGCGCAACACCCUAAGUCUCAUGCAUUCGUGCGGCAUGUAUGACUUUUCUGGACAGUUUGCCUUCCAAGUGGGCUUGCCGGCUAAAUCUGGCGUUUCAGGUGCUGUACUGCUGGUGGUCCCCAAUGUCAUGGGUAUGAUGUGUUGGUCCCCACCAUUAGAUCGUCUUGGAAACAGUGUUCGUGGCAUUCACUUCUGUCAGGAUCUCGUGUCUUGCUUUAACUUCCACAAUUACGACAACCUGAGGCAUUUCACUAAGAAACACGACCCGAGGAGACGAUUAGAUGACGAUGAUGAUCCAAACAAGUCAGUGGUAAACCUGAUGUUCGCAGCAUACAAUGGUGACGUCUCUGCUCUAAGAAGGUUUGCCCUUUCGGCUGUGAACAUGGAGCAGAGGGACUACGACUCUCGCACAGUGCUCCACAUCGCUGCUGCAGAAGGUCAAGUGGAAGCUAUAAUCUUUCUAACCGAGAUAUGUAAAGUGAAUCCUCACAUGAAGGACAGAUGGGGGAAUACACCUCUAGAUGACGCCAUGCAGUUUGGCCAUGGAGUUGUUGUUUCGCUCCUGCAAGAGUACCAGCGUGUGUACGAUGACAUCGACUCACUGAGCAACACAGAUGAGCAGAAAGCCGCAUUUGAUACGCUGAAGAGUAUUGUUUAAAUCUACUAGGGAUCAUGAGAGCUUGCAAUGAAAAUUAGUCUUUUUUAUUAUGUAGCUGAGAGGAAUGAAAGAGAAGUGAGACUGAGAGCAGUGAUGAAUGAAUUAGUUCAACUUAAAUGUGGUAGAAAUGUUACGUGAGCAUCGUCUCAUAGACUGUGAAAAGCUGUAUCUCUUUGCAGACAGAAGGUUUGUAUCAGAAAAGCGCUAUACAAACAAGCAAUGUCAGGCUUGUGUGGAGAAAAAUUAUAUUGAUUUAUAUUGUGAUUUGGACUGCGUUGAAACUUUAAUGCUUUUUUUAUGCUCAGCUUCCGAUAGAUAAAUGAGAUGUAAAUAUCUAAAGUGCUUAUUUAUUUUUAACAUGGUGAGAUGUUGUAUCAUCUGCCUUAUUAGAGAGUAAUUUAAUCAUAAUAAUAGGUUUAUGCUUCUACUGAAAUGACUGUAAAUAUGCCUAAAGCUGCUUUAAUAAUUAUUCUACCUUGACAGGAUAUGGUUCAUAGUCAUGGCAAAAAGAAGGGACAUCCUCUUUAAAUUAUAAGGUUUUAAUAUCUUGUAGAUAAUUUCUGGAGUAGGACCACACCUCUAUACACACCACUUCUAGUUCUGUCUUUAUAUGACCCCUACACUACAAGCUGUUUGUUCUUGAUUUUGUCUCCCAGCCUUCCUCUCUUUUUCAGUUCAUGCCCUCCUCAUUUUUACCUUGGCAUCUGCCCUGCUGCCAGUCCCAUCUGAGGUCUUCCCCAAACCACAGUCUCAAUUCAUAUUCACACCAUCUGCCAUUAUCAACUUGAAAUGCUGUAAAACCUAAAUGUGAUGUGGUUCCAGCUAGUGAAAGGACGUUAUAAAAAAACCUAAACAAAAAAUCCAAAAGCUGUGUGUGGAAAAACUAAGUAGAGCCUCUCUGCAGCCAUAGGAAUUAAGGGGGUAAAUGGCAGCCAAGUGCUGCUAAGUGCACUUAAUUAACUGAUGAUCAGCAAGUUUGACCACCUUUUGUAAAAGCAGAUGUUUAGACAGUUUGCAGGUGUGAAGCAUUCAGGUGUGUUAACACAGUGCCAAGACUCUACAGGCCUCAGUUAGACAGUACAAUUAGAAAAUGACAGAAAAUGUCUUGGAAAGGUUUCUAGGAGAAAGCUUCUUCUCCCUAAAAAUACUUUGUCAGCACAACUUCAGUUUGCAAAAUUUAAUCUGAACAACCCACAAAUGUCCUUUGAGCACAA